CCGACCACUCAGGCUAUUUGCUGAAAUCCUUCACGUGGGUGGGGUGUCAGCUUCACGCAGCUGGGUGAAGCGCGUGGAAUGCGCGGCCCCGCUGCAGGUUGGAGUGGAAGAGGCUGUGCUGCUGUCUGCAGUCUGACCCGCAGGAGGAGAGAUGCGCUACGUUCUGGUGCAAACUGCGCCAACGCUCUGAGGAGCUGCUGCUCAGACACAGGACUCCGCUGCGUCGCUUUCCUGUCCACCUCAUUCGUUGAUGGCUUUGGGUUUGAUAUUCCUAUUGUCGGACAUGACGUGUGCGGGCGGAAGAUUCUAGCGGAACGUUGGCUCGGCUGGUUCUGCGUGUCCUUCUGGGGGAAAAGGUGCAGACAUGUACGCAGGACGCAAGAGGAGAAAACCCGUCCAGAGAGCGGUGAAACAACCAUCUGCUGAGGGUGCCAAGUCAAAUCCGUCCAAACGGCACAGAGACCGGCUGAACGGCGAACUGGAGCAACUGGCCAGCCUGCUGCCGUUUCCUGAGGAGGUCACUGCUAGUCUGGACAAACUAUCCAUCCUACGGCUGAGCGUCAGCUACCUACGAGCCAAGAACUUCUUCUCUGUCGCCCUGAGCAGUCAGAAGGGAGCCGCUGGAGCCAGAGGGAGCAACGAGAAACCAGGAGGCAGAGAGAAGCAGGUGUGCGAAGGAGAGCUGCUGCUGCAGGCUCUCAAUGGCUUUGUUCUGGUCACUACUGCAGAUGGGACCAUUUUCUAUUCCUCUCACACCAUCCAGGACUACUUGGGCUUCCAUCAGACUGAUGUCAUGCACCAGAGUGUGUAUGAGCUUGUCCAUACAGAGGACCAGCAGGAGCUGAGAAGAAACCUGCACUGGGCUUUGAAUCCUCCCCAGGCUGCAGCGUCUGCCGUGUCCCAGGACUCCCCCCAAGAGAUGGAACCUGACAGCAGCUCUUCUUUGGUCACCUACAACCCCAAGCAGCUUCCACCAGAGAAUUCCUCCUUCUUAGAGAGGAAUUUUGUGUGUCGCUUCCGCUGCCUGCUAGAUAACUCCUCUGGCUUCCUGGCUCUGAACAUCCAGGGCAGGCUCAAGUUUCUGCAUGGACAAAACAAGCAGCAGGAGAAUGGAGGGAAGGGCACGACGCAACUUGCCCUUUUUGCCAUCGCAACUCCUCUGCAGCCUCCGUCCAUCCUGGAGAUCAGGACCAAAAACAUGAUUUUCAGGACUAAACACAAGCUGGAUUUCACACCCUUGGCCUGUGAUGCUAAAGGGAAAAUUGUUCUUGGCUACACUGAGGCUGAGCUACGAGUUCAAGGAUCCGGCUAUCAAUUCAUCCAUGCAGCCGAUAUGUUGUACUGUGCUGAGAACCAUGUCAGAAUGAUAAAGACGGGAGAGAGCGGACUUACUGUGUUCAGGCUCCUCACCAAAGAGAAUCUCUGGAAAUGGGUCCAGGCCAAUGCCCGGCUGGUGUACAAGAACGGCAAACCAGACUACAUCAUCGCCACCCAGAGGCCACUUCUAGAUGAAGAAGGAGGAGAACAUCUGCGUAAGCGCUCCAUGCAUCUCCCCUUUACCUUUGCCACGGGCGAGGCCUUGCUGUACCAGUCCAACCACCCCAUCGCAGGCUUCAUCGAUGGAAGCCAGGAGAAAAACAGCAGCAGGUCCAGGAAAAGCCGAGCUGAAAGGCUGGCGAGGGAUGGCUUGGAUCCUGGUUCUCUUCUUGGGGCUUUCAUGAGUCAGGACCAGUCUGUAUAUGUUUGCCAACCAGCUCUUGAACCCAAAACAGCCUUUCAGAGCAGUUUCGUUGGAGAGCAGACAGACUUCUCUGUCUCUGAACCUCCAAGGCAGAGCCAGAGCUGGGAUGUGCCUCAUAAUGGUCUUUUGGAGCCAGGCAUUUCAGAACCCAGUGCCAGCUUUGACCCGCUGCUUGCUACCCUGGAUUCUCUUACCCUGGAAGGUCAGGGUGUGGUGGAUGCAGAGGAUGGGAGCUGUUCCAACAGUGAGCUGUUUGGAGCUUUGGAAGGGCUGGGCCUUAGUGCUGAGGACCUGGAGCUGCUGCUCCUGGAUGAGCGAAUGAUCAGGGUGGAGAUGGAUUCUGACCGUGUGCCUACGUUGGAUGACCUGUUGACAAAUGACGAAAUCCUCUCGUAUAUCUACAACUGUAUUGAAGGUAGGGCUGCUUCCAUGGAGCACGGGCGACAGGCACUUCCUAGAACAACAGCAACAGUCCCUACCACAGUGUCGGCAUCUGAAAGUAAUCCCAGAUCUGGUGCUGAUGUGCAGAUGCAUUUUCCUCACUGUAAGCCUUGCCUGGUGGGGCAGGCUCCUAUAGUGCAGCUGUCACAGCAGAUGCAGCAGCACCUCAACAUGCGAAAAGGCAGGAUUGGCCAUGAUUGGAGCCAGCAUAGUGACCAGCUGACUAACGGAGAGCUGCUGGGGCACAAUCCAGCCCUCCACAACGGACACUGGACAGCUCAGGACACUCUCAUCUGUGCAGGAUUGCAUCUCCAACACACAAACACUCAGCAUGUGGUUUUCAGCAACAAGGCCACAGAGCUGGAUGGGCAGUUUCUCCAGCAGCAAGUGCACCAACAGUUCCAACAUUACCAGCAGUCAAUAACACAGAAGCAGCUCUCCGAGCACCGCCAUGUCCAACAAAGGUCAUCCACUCUCAAUGGAAUGUGUGACGCCUUAUCCAACUGGUCCACAACAAAACCCCAGUGGCAGGAUUUUGGUUUCGCUGAAAGUCUUGGUAACGACCCCUGUUCAGACAGCAGCCAGAAACCAAACACUUCUUUGGACUUCUGCACUAAUUACGGAAUGGCAGAAAUGCCAAAUGUGGAUUCCACUGUCAGCGGACGUGCUUUGUAUGGGAAGGUUGGACAGCAGGACGGGAGUGAGUUUACAGUUUCAUCUUUCCAGCAGCAAGAAGAAGAGAUUGCUGUCCCCUUCGCUCAGUGCCCUCUCCCCAAAACAGCCCUGGAGCAGAUCGUGGGAGUUGGAAAACCCUGCAGUCAGCUGGACCACAGUGACCUGAUGAGCUCCGAAAUUGGCCACGACCCAAGUAACAGUAAGAUGAAAGGCUGCAUCCUGGACACUUCUUAUCCUGGAGGCUGUCUUUUGCCCAACGAGAAUGGAGCGGCGCCCCCUGCUGUCAAGGCGGCCAGUUCCGAGACUAUACCUCAAGUACCUGAUUCACAAGCCAGUGGCUUCUACCUCUGACCAAGUCAUUAUAAUGUAGCGGGACAGUGUGAAGAAGCAGAAACACAGAGUGACUGUAAGCAGCCUUAUGCAUACAAAGAACACGUUUUUUUUUUUGUCUGUUCUUCUAUUUGCUUUUUGUGUGUGCUGUAAUCUAACUCAUUUUAUCACAAUUUUGUUGUUUACAGUCUUGAAGUGAAGAGUCUAUGUUGAUGAGUCGAAAUGAGAACGAUGUCAGGGUGAAUUUAGGAAUGUGUUCAAACGUCAUUGACGUCAUUAACUGGUUGAAGCUGGAUGUCGGCAGACAUGUGACAACUCAAUGAGUUCAGAUGAACGGAGGGAAAUCUGAUGGCAUAUUUUAAUUUCAGCAGAUCUUUUGAGUGUAUUUUCCUUGACGAGGCACAAAACUGAGAUUUGGUCAAUUCAGAUGAUGGUUGAAAAUCAAGAAUGUACAGUGAUAUCUAGAAAGACUGAAUUUAAUGUGACACCUCUUCAAUAAGCUCCAGCCGUUCCCAAGCUGUGCAGUAUUUAUUUUUCUACAACAGGAAAAUGCCUCUGUGUUCACUUCUUCCUGUCCAUGUGGGAUGUGCAGACUGUCACUUAUUUCUUGUUCCUCCUGGUAAAGAUGUUUAAAUCCAUCUAUUAUUGAAACAGCAUGAUCUCAACCUGGACAUCUUAGAAAAAAAAGUCUACUUUUAAUUUGAAUACAUUUAUUUGGUGGUGGGGAAAAAAACUGCUGUUAAAAAUAACUUUUUUUUUACAUAAUAAUGGGUGGCACAAUUGCUGGUACUAAAAAUAGUCUCUUUAGAGUAAAUUUAACUGAAGCGUUUCGUCCUACCAUCACAAAUAUAAACAUGCACAGUUGUGUGAACUCUACUGAGACUUUAACUAGGACUGUGUGCUUUAAUCAGUCUAAGUUGGUUUAAAUUGAAACAAAUGAUAAACAUGUGAGACGUUGCUCUCCUGAGGCCCACUGUGAAGCACGGUGGAGGAUCCAUGUUGCUGUGGGCCUGUUUCUCUGGUGGACUGUGCCAGUAUACUGGUGAAACCUCAUCGCUGGAUUUUUAAUCCACCUUUUCUGGGUCAAGCAUCACAGAAAAGGCUCAACAGGCAAAAAUAUCCUGCGUCAGUUUCCACCUCAGUUCCCAGAGCUAAACCUUGAUCUGAAGAGGAGAAAGCAUCAGAGAGGGCCCAGAGGGAGGGUCAAAGGUCGCGCUCUAAACGCCCCAGCCYCGCGAAGCAUUAAAGGUGAGAACUACGUGUUCUACAAGAGCUAGCGAACCGAAUUAAUAGCAGGACACUAAUAGCUGCUCCACAGUGAAUUUGUUAAAAGCAAUCAUUUCUUGACUCGCCGUUUGUUUCUCCACUGAAUGAAUGAACUCACACUGGAGAUUUUAAAGGAUUUUCUUGCUGUGAGGUGAUGCUGCUGAAAUAUAAAUCCAAUUAUACACCUCUUUACUAGCAUUACCACUAACUUUAUAAAUCCCUCCUAGCAGUGAUGAUGAUGCAACUUAGAUCUGUAAACCUAGACGCUACUCAGAUACUGAGGAUUCAUAUCAGCUGCUUAAGGAUUUCUCUGUGUUUGCAGGGUAACAGUGAGACGUUGUUCCUUAGAAAUGCUGCUGAAUGUAGAAACUAACAUCUGACAAAUUCAGAUAAGUUUCUUCAGUCUAAACAAACCAUCCAACACAUUUCUUUGGUUAGCCCGUCCAUCACACUGUGAGAAUGUUGUGUUUUAGCAGUAAGAAUAUUCUCUCAAUGUUUGGCAUUGAGAGAAUAUGGAUGGAGAAAAUGGUGAAUAGAAAUUCUGAGCACUUUAUUUCAAGCAGUCACUAAAUGGAGGUGUUAUAAUGCUUCAAUAGAACUUGAGCUUUUUCUGUUAGAUUUUCUUUUUUUUUGUGUGUUGCAAACAGUUGGAUGUGUUUUCCUCCUGUCCCUGUAAUUCCUACCACUGCUGGAUGUUUGAGGAAAUUAUCUGUAGAAGGAAAUCAGAAAAUGCUCCUUCUCUUCUGACAUGGAGUAGCUCUUGCUCUCCAGAAAGACUCAUUAAGUCCAGACACAUCAGUUAAAAACCCUUUUAGAAGAAUAGUCCAUCAUUUGUUUCCAGGCCAUCUCAUUGUGAARAGAUGAAGGACGUAAAACACGCUAAAUGGCUGAUCCAGUGUCUCACUUUUCUUCUUCAGAGGUUGAAAUUAAAUCAGGUGAAAACGUUCAGUCCACAAAUGGCAAGAUGUACCAAACCAAAUGGUGAACGUAGAGUUGAUGCCACAUAUUUACAUCCACAGUAUAAAAAAGACGGAACCUUUUUUUGCCCCCGUGUUUGACAUUAAAUCAGAUUAAACGUUACUGUUUAAGUCAAUAAGUAUUACCAGAAUUACUUGUAUUUGCUAAAUGCCAGAAUUCUGAGAUCAUUUUUCUUUUAUUUUCUAAAAAAUUCCUGCAGUUUGACUUACCCUUUGAACCCUAACUUGGGUCAAAGGUGAUGGGUUUCCCUCCAGAAACCGGUUCCUUCCUCCUCAUGGAACUGCUGGAACUGGGUCAGGUUUGUUAGCCGCUUUGCUCACACAAACCUUCUCAGAUCUGCCCACAACUUUGAGUCUACAGGACUCGUGUCCCUAGAUUGUACCCAAAUGAACCAGACUUAAUGAGAGCCGCAAUUCUCUUCUGUUGGUUUCACUGGGUGUUUGAGGUCUGAAUUACUUCACUUUAACUUAAAUGUUGUAAAUGAAACUAUGAGAAUCUCAUAAAGCUAUGGCAUCAUUGUCUGGACUUUCCAAUUCCCAGGCAAAGUAAGUUCAGUGUAAGUAAAGUUCUGACUUCAAAGAAAGGUAAUAUAUUAUUUUACUCAUAGAAACAUUCUUGGUGACCUUAACUGACCCCAAACAGGAAAGGUUUUAAUGUCACACUGUGAUGGAAAAAGAAAGUUCUUCAUCUUUGUGUGCAGCCUGUGUCAAUGUCAGAUUUGUAGAUGGAUGCUGGAGGGAAGCAGCGCUGAAUGUCCAGGAAAACGACUGAAACGUGUUGCUGAGAAUUAUUCAGAUUAGCAAAAGAUGCUAAAAGAGAUUUCCACUUAGUAAUUCAGUUAAUAAUAAUGACAUGCAUUAACAGCAUUAUUAUUAUUGUUUCUAAUGAGAUGGUACACACAUGUAGAUGUUAGCAAGUCAGUUUGCUAUACUUAAUAAACCUCUGUGAAAUUCUAACAAUGUGAAAAAAAUGUGUAUAUUGAGAAGUUACUGGUAUGUAUAUAAUUUUAUGUUGAGUUUCAUUUGGAGCACAAUUUUUAUUAUUUUUUUGACUCUAUCAAAGUCAUAAUUUGUUUUGUAUUUGUAAAAGCUCUCAUGAUGAAGCUGAUUCUGUGACAGCCUGAAAACAGUGCCAUACAGCAGAGCUAUAUGUCAGCAGGCUGAGUUGUUAUAAGGUCUGAAUCUUUUGCAGCCGCAGGAAGUGAGUUUCAAAUGAGGAUGCUGUGGAUCGUUACUGUGCUCACGCUGCUCUCGUUUUCAUUUUUCCUCUCGGACUAAAACCGUUGGGGCGGCUGUGGGUCUACUCACUCAUACUUCACCAUCUCUGAAUGCUCCUGUUUGUUGUUCACGUGACAGGAAGCAGCUGGAGUCUCCAUCCACUGUCAGACUCCUCGCUGUGGAUCCCUGAAAUGAAAAGGUGCUAUGUGUCCCAGCAUCAAUAAAUCAUUACCACAUGAACUGAA